AUGUUGGCCCAAACCAUCAGAACCACCUCGAGAAUUUCCGUUAGAGCUUUCUCUGUUUCCAGAGCUGCCUUGCUCGAUGGCUCGAUUGUUCAAGACAAGGGUUCUUUCUCUGAAAAGGAAAGAGCUCAAGAAACCGCCUACAUCAAGGCUCACGAAGCUGAACAAUUGAAGAAGUUGAGAAAGAAGUUGGAAGAGCAAAAGCAAACCAUCAAUGACUUGGAAAAGGAAAUUGACAACAUUGCGAACGGCAAGAAGUAA